AUGGUGGCCCGACAAUCAACACGAUCGUCCAACCGCUCGCACUCCGAUAAUGCACGCAAGCGCGUGUGCAAGGCCUGCGAUCGCUGUCGUUUAAAGAAAUCUAAGUGUGACGGAGCCAAGCCAUGUUCGCGCUGUCGCGCGGAUGAUGCGAUCUGUGUCUUUGAGGGGCAGAAGAAGGCCCAGGAUAAAGUGUAUCCCAAGGGGUACGUUGGGAUGCUCGAACAGCAGCAAGUCUGGCUGGUCUACGGCCUCCGGGCACUCUAUUGUCGUAGUGUUCAACGCAAAGGUUGGCCUGGUGACCCUUUGAAGCCCAUGCCGAACGGUCACCCUCUUACCCACGACCUUCUCACUCGCCUUGGCGCCCUCGAUCACAUCCAGGGCGAACGCUAUGAGGAAAACCCCAAGGUCAUGCAGCACAAGCUGUGGCGCAACGGCAUGCAGAACCAGAUUUACUCUGACAGCUCCUCCGAAAGACCUCAGAGCCCCGCUGCCCGCUCGUACCUCUCCUCUCAUGUCUUCUCUUCUUUCCAGCAGAAUACUUCUCUGAUCCGAACUGCCUAUAACUCCUCUUGCAGGACCACGGCGCAGAUUAAACCGGAGCCCGGCAUGGCCGUCACGCCCAACCAAAAAUGCCAGUAUGCGCUGUCUAUCCCGGGCAUAGUGAAUCCAUUGGCCCUUGAGGGUGAGUCUCAGCAGUUGUCAGGGCAUAAUGGGUUCGAUCCGUUUGACGAAGUGGAUCUGAUGACGAUGGCCGAUUAUGUGCUCAAUUUUGACGGCUCCAACCCGUCGCGGAUGUACAAUCGUCCCAUGCCAAUGAACUGGAUGCCGUCUGGUAAUUAUGACGAAUUCCUUUAG